AUGAAACAAAAUUUAGCGAUAGGACCUUCAGGAAAUAUUCCUCUGCAAUAAUAACCAAAAAAGAUUAAUAUUUCAAGCAAUUAAGGAGUUUCAGAAGCUUUUUAAAUGAAAAACUUCCAGCUUCAGGAUAGAUCUUAGCAAGAACUAGGUUUACCGCAAGAUUCAAAGAUAAAAAUAUAAGAUCAAUAAAAGUAGCGAUUAGAGAAUAUGUUAAGGAAAAGCUAAGAUGAACAACAAUCUAUUUAAUUAAUUUAGACAGUUAAAACAGAAGAAUUUGAAGAUGAUGAACCAUUUUAAAUUAACUUAUAUUCAUAAAAGAAUUUUAGUUUGGAUAGAUAUUAAGGAGAAUCUAUCUCAAAUACAUAAAAUUCUAUCUAAUCAAAUAGCAUUAAUGUUGAUAAAAAACUUCAUACUUAGAGUUCAACUUAAAUUUAAAAGCAAGUAAUUAUGGAAAAGAACCCUUAAAAUAAAAAAGACUUAACUUAAAGUGUAUAGAUAGAUAAUAAGCUUGUUUCUAAUAAUUUAAUGAAGUCUUAGUCACCAAAAGAAGGUCUGAGAUAUUCAAAAUCAUUUUAAAAUAGCUAAGGUGGAAGCAGUAAACAUAAGAUGGGUAAUAUUUAAAAUGAAAUGUAUUCAGGUAAAUAGGAUAGUUUUAGUACAUCAAUAUAGACAGCUUCUUAGACAAUAAGCAAUCCAUCUUCAUUAAUAGAUCAUUAUAAAUUAAAAUAUUUAUAAGAAGUAGAAAAGAGCUUAUCAAGUAAUAAUACAAAUUCAUAAAAUUCAUAGGCUAGUGAAGAUAUUCUUACAUAAAAAAUGUAAUUAAUUGAGUUGAAGAAGAAAAAAAUAUUUUAGCAAGCAAACAAUGAAGGUAAAAAUUUGAAGAUACCUCUUAUCUCUCAAAGUUUGGAGUUUAAUAAUAGAUAUCCUACACUUAAAAAGAACACAAAAAUAUAAUAGGGUCAUAAAAAGCGCAUGAGUCUAAGAGAGUAAACAAAAAGAAGAAAGUAGUUCACUGAUAAAAAGAACGUUAGAUUGAAUAAGAGUAUGAAAGCCUCUAGAUUGAGCACUUCUUUUGACUUAUAUUGUAUUUAUGAAUCAAAAUCAGAAGAUUCAAAUGAUCAAUCUCCUUAGGAAUCAAGGAAUCGUUCUUUCAUCUUUAAAUCCGAAAAAAUUUUAAACUAGCUUGGUCUUCCUUCUGCUCCGUCUUCUCCAACAGCUGAAAAAUAAGAUGAAAUUUUGGAUUCAUCUGAAAAUAAUGAAGAAAAGCUUAUCAAUACAGUACCUAACUCCUCGAGAUAGUAGGAAAAAACUGAAAAAUUUACCAAUUAAACAAUUUAAACUUCAAACUUUGCAAAAAAAAAUUAAAGCCAAAAAGAUGAAACUUUUAAAAGUGGUAUGGAAGAGUAAGAUAGUAAUAACACUUAUGAUAACAGUACUAAAACACCUGUAAACACCGAUCUCAAAAGUCAAAUUCAAACAAAAGGCAGUGAAUAAUUUGCUUUAAAAAAUUCUGAUUCUAAUUCUAAGCUAAAAAAGAAUGUAAACAACUAAAGUAAGACUCUAUAAGAAAAUCAGAAGUCUAAAAUUAAUAAAAAUAUUCCAAUAACUAAAAAGAGCUUAGAACUAACCUCAAGUUAGAAUAAAUUAACUAGCCCAAAUACUAAUUAGAAUUAAAUGACUCAAAGUGUUGUUACAACUGUAUAAAAUCGUUAAAGUAGUAGCUAGACAGAGAGGAAAGAAAAUCUUAGAAGCUCUUAGCUGUCCAUUAAGUAAGAAUAAAAUAACAAAUCUAAUUCUGACUUAAUGAAAGAUAAGGGGAAUACAAUGACAAAUUCUAUUAGCUUAGUGAAGAAAGAAUAGCUAAUAGUGUAUGAUUUAAAAAGCCAUAAAGUUAAUAAUCCAGAAAAACAAAUCAAUUAAUAAAUUAAGUAAAAAGAAAAGGUAGAGAAUGGGGAUAUUAGCUCUAAUGAAUCUUCUUAGAAGCCAAAAUAUGAGCAAGAUUAAAUAAAUGAAAACGAUAAAAGCAAUAAAAUUAAUAUAACCUGCUAAGGAGCAAUAGAAGAAGAAGAAAAUAUAGAUGGCUCACCAAAAGGCCUUAAUAUCAUUAAUUUAUAUAGAAAAAGUAAUAGCUAGUAAGAUGUUCCAAGUCUAUUAGAAAAUUAAUCUGUUGAAAAUCAGUAAAAUUUGUAAAUGACAAAUAACUAAAACAGCAGCAACCAAAAUUAAUAUCCAUUUAAAAAAAGAAAUUCAAGUUUAACUAGUUUCAAUAGUCCUCAAAAUGCAAAUUAACAAAAUUUUAACAUUAAAUUUGAUAACUCUUCUAAUCUUAGAAACUCGAUGCCAAAAAUUCCACAAGUUUUGCCUUUAACAGUUUCAUAAUUUUCAUCUGCAAAUAAGACUAAAGAUAUCCGCUUUAUGACUGAAGAAGCGACUCCAUAGCAAAAUUAAAGUAAUGGAAAUCAAUAAAACUCAAACUAGGAUGAUAACCUUUAAGUACGUAUUUCUUAAUCAACCAAUCUGAAUAAAGAGUAAUAAACUCUAAAAAAUGAAGCCAAAGAAUUCCCCUAAAUGAGAGAUUCUUAGUCUUUUAAAUAUUAAUCUGAUAGGAUUUAAGUAAUACAAUUUGAUAAGAAAUAAUCUAGAUAAAAUAACUAGGAUGGUUCUAAAAACUCUUCAUUAAAAGGAAGGAGAAAUUCGCUUAAUCAAAUUUCAGGUUAAAAACUUGCUAUUUAGUCCACAUAGAAUAGCCCAUAGUAGGGAUUUAAUAAUAAUUAUCCUUUAAAUACUUUAAUUAACUAAUCUAAUGUCUCUUAAAUAUUAAAAAAAAGUGAAAGCCAAGCUGCUUUCUAAAAUAGUACUUAUAGAGAUUAAUUUAAACAAAAGUUAGAGCUAAAAUCAAUUAAUUAAAAUUAAGGAUAUAAUUUAUCAAUUUAUAUACAAAAUAACUUAAAGUAGUUUGCAAAUUAAAACAGUUAAUCGCCAAAAGGAAACAGAAAAGGUUUAGAAAACUUAGAAUCUGUAGGAGAAUCCUAAUGUAAUAGUCCUAAAGAUGCUAAAUCUGAAAAGUUACGUUCAAAUAUAAGCUAUUCUUCCAUAAAUAAAAGUAAAGCACACUCAGAUUUAAAUUCUCCAGAAAUAAAAGGCUAGAAUUAGAAGCUAUUAGAAUCUAAAAAACUAAAAGUUGUUAAAGUUCAACCAAAGACUAGCCAACAGAGUCCUGCCUUUAAGCCAUAAAAAGUUGUUACUUAGCAGUGUAAUUCAGAAUUAGAGGUGUUAGAUUUAAAGGCAAAUAUAAAUGAUAUGUACUAUAAAAAAUCUAUUAAGCCUUCUCCAUAAAGAAACCAAAAUCUUUGGUCUCCAGAAAGUUAGGGAAAAUAAAUAUCAUAACUUGACACUUAAGUUAGCCACUUAUAAUCCACUAAAACUAACCCAGACACAGACAAUAGUAAUAUAAUAGAUAACUCAAAAUAAAAAAAGAAUGUACUAGUAAGUGAGUUCUAUAAGGAUUUAAGCACACCUUUAUUUGUUUAAUUGGGCAGCAGUCAUGUUCAUGUAAAUCUUCCCUAAACCCUCACAUAGUCAGCAAAAAACGAGAGAUAUAAGAAUAUUAAAGAUGAGAUAGAAAGAAUAUCAUCAACAAAUACCUCUAACUUGAGGAGAGAGUAAAUGCAGCUUUAAAAUAAUUAAAUUAUGAGUCCUUUUUGGGGAUAGAUUGACCUCAAAAAGCAAAGCGAAAAAAAGGAACUAGUAAUAAAACCUUUAAUUCAAGAAUUAUCUCAAUAAAAACAGUUAUAAAAAAAGAAUAAAUUUAAUGUUGAAAGUAAAGUCAAAAGUUAUAUUUAGGCAGGUUAAUUGAAUUAGGCUCCUAAUUCUAAGUAAAAAGAGUAAACUAACUUCCAUUUAGCAAAAGGAGCUGGAAUUAUUAGCUCAUCAUAACAGUCUAAUUAAUAAAAUAGCAAAUCGCUUCAUUAAGAGUCAUUAGACUUAGGAAAAUAAAAUAAAGAAUCUCAGAGCAUGUUCACUACAUAUGAAACAUUUGGAUAAGUUAAUAAUAAUGGAAAGUAUACGGAUAACAAUUAAACAAAUGGAAAUAUUGACUAGACAGAAAAAAAAAUUGAGUAUUAAAGUAAUUCUAAAUAUAAUACAAAGAAUGAAGUGAAAUAAAAUAAUAUAAGCGUUUCUGGUGAAAAUUAAAGCAAAAAUAUAAAAUCUAACUAAUAAAAUUUAGGAGAUCAACAUUCUCAACUAACUCCUGUUGAAUAUUUAACUUAAAUUUAGUAACAAAUGUAAAUGUAAAGGUAACUAGCAAACGAGUAAUUAUAAAAAGCUUAACAAAGCAUAAAUUUAAUUUAGCAAAGUAUCGAAAUUAAGAACGCUAUUGGCAGUAACUAUAAUACACUUAUUAUAAAUGGUAAAUAAAAUAAUUUUCAAUCCUAAAAGUGA